UUCUCAUUUCCAAACACAUUACAAAAAAAAAAAAAAAAAAACAUUACAAAUUGAGUUCGGUCUAUCUGUGGAGGUGAGAUAUAUAAGUGCAGUUUUGAAUAUUUGAGUGAAUUUUCUUUGAAAUGGCUGCCCCAUUCGCGGCAGAUGAAUUGGUGAGAGCGGCGAGUAGUAGGGCGAGUAGGAGCUGGAAGUCUGGGAGUAUAAGGGAGGUAUGGCAGGGAUCAUCGGAGGUGUUCGAGGGAAACAGUACGAGGCGGCAGGAGGUGGAUGAUGAGGAGGAGUUGAAAUGGGCUGCCAUUGAGAGGUUGCCGACUUAUGAUCGGGUGAGGAGAGGGAUGUUACUGCAGGUGACGAGCAAUGGUAGAGUCAUUCGGAAUGAGGUUGAUAUGACUAAUCUUGAUACUCAAGAUAAGGAGCAGCUCAUGGAGAGCAUUCUUAGAGUUGUUGAAGAUGACAAUGAGAAGUUUCUUAAUCGCCUCCGAGAUCGUACCGACAGAGUGGGAAUAGAAAUUCCAAAGAUUGAAGUGAGGUUCCAGAAUUUAUCAGUGGCAGGAGAUGCCUAUGUUGGGUCCAGAGCUCUUCCAACUCUCCUCAAUUCCACCAUGAAUGCUAUUGAGGGAAUCAUUGGAAUUGUUGGGCUUUCUCGAUCUAAGAAAUGGGUUGUCAAGAUACUUCACGAUGUCAAUGGAAUCAUAAAACCAUCCAGGAUGACACUGCUUCUUGGGCCACCUGGCUCCGGAAAAACGACAUUGCUAAAGGCACUCACAGGGAAAUCUGAUGACAAUCUAAAGAUAUCUGGAAAAGUCACCUACUGUGGUAGAGAGUUUAAGGAAUUUGUUCCACAGAGAACGAGUGCUUAUAUCAGCCAGCACGAUCUUCACUAUGGUGAAAUGACUGUUCGCGAGACAUUAGAUUUCUCUGGACGUUGCUUGGGAGUUGGAAUGAGGUAUGAAAUGCUGGUAGAGUUGUCAAGACGAGAGAAAGAAGCAGGUAUUAAGCCCGACCCUGAGAUCGAUGCGUUCAUGAAAGCCACAGCUGUGUCUGGCCAAGAAACCAGUUUGAUUACAGAAUAUGUUCUCAAGAUACUUGGAUUGGAUAUUUGUGCUGAUAUUAUGGUGGGUGAUAACAUGAGAAGAGGCAUUUCUGGUGGACAAAAGAAGCGUGUCACUACCGGAGAAAUGUUGGUUGGACCAGCAAAAGCGUUUUUCAUGGAUGAAAUAUCGACAGGGCUGGACAGUUCCACCACUUUACAGAUUGUUAAGUUCAUGAGGCAAAUGGUUCAUACAAUGGAUGUGACCAUGGUCAUCUCACUAUUGCAGCCAGCACCUGAGACAUUUAAUCUCUUUGAUGACAUUAUCCUACUUUCAGAAGGCCAGAUUGUGUAUCAAGGUCCACGCGAGAAUGUUCUUGAGUUCUUUGAAUAUAUGGGAUUCAAAUGCCCUGAAAGGAAAGGAAUUGCAGAUUUUCUCCAAGAAGUGACUUCCAAGAAAGACCAAGAACAAUAUUGGUUAAAAAAGAACCAACCUUACAGAUAUGUCUCGGUGAAUGACUUUGCACAGGCCUUCAACUCUUUCCACAUUGGGCAAAAGAUGUCUGAAGACCUUAGAAUUCCUUAUGACAAGUCCAAAGCCCACCCUGCUGCAUUGGUGACAGAAAGUUAUGGCAUCUCCAAUCUGGAACUCUUCAAGGCAUGUUUCUCGAGGGAGUGGCUACUGAUGAAGCGCAACUCUUUUGUAUACAUAUUCAAAACUAUUCAGAUAACAAUCAUGGCCACAAUUGCAAUGACAGUUUUCUUAAGAACAGAGAUGAAAACUGGAACGGUAGAAGGUGCUUCGAAGUAUUUCGGAUGGGCGGGAUCCCAGAUCCCAACACAAAGCCCACCCUGCUGCAUUGGUGACAGAAAGUUAUGGCAUCUCCAAUCUGGAACUCUUCAAGGCAUGCUUCUCGAGGGAGUGGCUACUGAUGAAGCGCAACUCUUUUGUAUACAUAUUCAAAACUAUUCAGAUAACAAUCAUGGCCACAAUUGCAACGACAGUUUUCUUAAGAACAGAGAUGAAAACUGGAACGGUAGAAGGUGCUUCGAAGUAUUUCGGAGCAUUGAUUUUCAGUCUUAUUAA